AUGGACGAAGAGGCGAUCGCCGAAAGUGCGAUGCGAGCUCAACUUGCUGGCAUGAGCAACCCUCUUUACCCAAUUGCGCGCACACCACAGACGCAAUUUCCCUUUGUGUUCGAGCGCCCAGCUCCGCCUCAACAUCUCAUCGGGCCAGGUCACUGGACGUUCCCCACGCCCGAGGCCCACCUCGCGGCUGUCCGCUUCGGCAACGCAAAUGGUUUCGGCACUGCUGGGCUAUCUCAGCUCAGCGCCAACCACACCUGGCACAUGCGUGAGAUUUACAAUGGUCCGCUCGAACCGGGGAGCAACCGCCUUGUGCAAGAUCCAACAGCGGGCAUCGGACUUGCCAGGGAGCCCGCUACUCAACCAGUCCCUCGCGCUGAACCCAACGUCGAGAGCACGACGCCGAAGCGGGCUGCCACAUCCAACAUCGAUAGCACGAAGCCGAAGCGAUUCGUCAAAUCCAACAUCAAGAGCACGACGCGCCAACUCAUUGUCAAACUUCCGAUCAAGAGCUGGAAGCCGAAGCGGGCUACCAAGUUCGACAUCAAGAGCACGAAGUCGAAGCGUGCGGGUCAACUCAACACCAACAGCAAGCACGUGAAGCGAGCUCGCGUCUUGAGCAAGCUUAAGGCUUCCUACUCUCAACCCAGCCCUGUCCGCGCCCGAACGAAGCGUCCCUCCCGACUUCGCCAAGUGCAUGGCCCGGACGACGUGGACACUGACUCCGAUGCCGAUGCUCACAGUCACGCUGACUCCGCGCACGAGUCAGAGGAGGCGGUCAUCACCGGCAGUGUCGGUACUGCCGAUGAUCCAUCUGCGGACAGCUCGUCCGAGACCACGCACCCAUCUCCUCGCUCUCAAACACCCGGCCCAGACAACCCGGAGGCUGAUCUCGGCGCCGGCGUCGACCCUCGUAGUGGUCUCGCACAUGAGCCAACCAACAACGACCUCAUGGAUCAGAGCAUCGUCGCCCAUGACCUCGAAGGCAGGGAAAUCAAGAAGAAAUACCACACUCAGAAGUUCGAGAACAUAUGGAACAAGGUCACUAGCAAGAUCACGCUCGACCGUGCACCUGCCGUGGUUGGCGUGCCAGAGCCCCACAAGCUCUGGUACUAUGAUGGCUUACGCUGGGUUAUCUGGCCGCGCGGUCAAGAGAGAGCCUGGGACGAUGAGAAGUGGAUCGACAGCCUGAACAAGUACCGCGACCAGUCCGCUCGCCGCGAUGGCUGGAUGAAGAAGCGUGAUGCGCCAAUCUUCCAGUACACGACCGAGCAUCUCGACUGGGUCUGGGAGUUUGUGAAGGAAGCUGAGGGCAAGAUGCCUAAGCAGUCUCCUCGACGCAUUGCUGAGCUCUUCAACGAGAAGUUUGGCUUGGUUGGUCUGGAGUCUGCGAGAAGUGACGAGCGCAUGAGGAGGCUGAUGUGGAAGAUGUGCGAGGAUUACAAGGAGAACGGCGGAGAGAGCAGGAAGCUGAGGGCGUAUGAGGAUGGUCCACACAAGAAGAGCAAGGCCAAGGGUAAGGGCAAGGGUAAAGGCAAAAAGAAGACUACCACCGAGGUCGAGAUGGAGGAUGUCGACACGGCGGAUGAGCAAGAGCAGUCCACGCUGGAAGACGAUGCUGUCGCCGGGCUGAUGGGAUUGGGACGUGGUGGCGGCGACGCGGAUGAUGUGUCGGAGUAGAUGCUUUGCUGUUGCUGUUGGCUUGAGAAAGGUGCUUGAAGAUGCUAUGCUGUUGCUGUUGGCUUGGCAAAGGUGCUUGGAGACGCUGUCGCCGGACUGACGAGACGAAAAAGCAUUGGUGGCAACGAAGGUCAUGAUGUGUACGAGUUGACGAAAGCGUUGGUGCUGUGCGAAUGCUGCUGCUCUUAGCUUGGAAAAGGGCGCUCGAUGAUUGGCUACCUUUACGACUGUUUUGUUCGUAUAAGUUGAUCUGCGUUUGAGUUGCUGCUGUAGACUCCGUAGAGAAAAGUCAAUAAUUGCAUUUGAUCGAGACUACUUUUGAGACCAUAACAGAUGUGCGAAGAUGACUGAACUUUUUGCAGGACUUCCGUACUACGGAGUUCUACGAGAUGAGGUGAAGUCAGCCGGAGACCUCGUCCGUAAGCAUCCCGGCGCGCUUGUACCUGGCCGAAGUGAUGUCAGAUUGGUGAAGAGGUUGUCGGAACCGGGGGUUUGAUGCGGCCGAGUCCUUCGUAAUGCAAGAUUUCUGACAGGG